UCCACUGAUUCUUACACCGAUUCUGAGUAAAAUGACAACGGGCUGUUCCUUUGGACUAAAUCCUUGUGGGUUCUUUAUAAUGAGCCGACGGAGGAUAUCCUGCAAAGAGCUGGGGCAAGCCGAUUGCCAAGGAUGGCUCUACAAAAAGAAGGAGAAAGGAGCUUUCAUUGGCAACAAAUGGAAGAAGUUCUGGUGUGUGCUGAAGGAGUCGUCGCUGUACUGGUACAGCAGUCAGCUGGCUGAAAAAGCAGAAGGAUUUAUAAGACUUCCAGACUUCAGUGUGGAUCGAGCAAUUGAAUGCAAAAAAAAGCAUGCUAUUAAGAUCAGCCACCCACAGAUCAAGACAUUUUAUUUUGCAGCAGAAAAUGUUCUGGAAAUGAACACGUGGCUGAGUAAGCUGGGAAUGGCUGUAGAUCCUCAGGCACCAAACAGGAGGAAUGAGGAAGAAUGCUACAGUGAAAGCGAACACGACGAUCCAGAAAUAACAGACACGCCACCUCCACCCUACACAGCCCAGACACCACCUCCUCCUUCCCAGGAUCAGCAGAAGUCAUCAUUCACCUCAACUCUGUCAAGUGAAGCAUCUUGUUCCCUCUCCUCUCCUGAAAGCACUUUCAACUCCCAAGAAUCAUCGUGUUCCUUGACAUCCAAAGUGGUUUGUUCCGAGAGGCAGUCCUGGCUUGAUCUGGUUGCGAGCUCUGCCACGGAGGAGGGCGAUCAGCCUUUAACCUUCUGUGUCCAGAUCCACUCUGACGAGCCGCCAGAGGCGAUCUGUGGAGACGCAGCACAAAGCCAGGAGCUCCGGCUCCCCGAAGCCAAUGGUGGAUCCCAAACCUCUUACCUAAGCGCAGAUGCACAUUGUCUAGCUGUGCCAGAUGCAGCAGGACAGCGAUCGCUAGCCAAAGACCAGGAAAAAUGUGAUGAUGAUGAUGAGAUGGAGCGACUCUACAAGUCACUGGAGCAAGCAAGCCUGUCUCCCAUUGGUGAUCGCCGGCUGUCCACCAAGAAGGAGCUUAGGAAGUCAUUCAUCAAGCGCAGCAAAAACCCCUCCAUUAAUGAGAAACUCCACAAAAUUCGAAUGCUGAACAGUACAUUAAAGUGUAAGGAACACGACCUGGCCACAAUUAACCAGUUGCUAGAGGACCCAAAGUUGACAGCGGUGAAGUACAGAGAGUGGAGGAGCACAAACAUCAUGCUGGUCCAAGACAUUUAUCAGCAGCAGGAGAUCCAGGACAUGCCCACAGAGAAUAGUGAGGAGCAAGAGGUGACUCCACAGCCAAUCACUGAAAGUGCUAUUUGAUCUUGCACAUGGCAAUAUUUUUCUCCACGGGUCUUCACGUACAAGCAAUUUAAGCUGCUGUAUCUUGAGGUUUGUUUUUCAGAAGUGUGUUUCAAGAGGAAAACAACCCAUUCUCCAAAAUUGUGAAUGGUCUUGCAGAGCUCAUUUAUUGCCAAAGGGGCAAGUUUCCCCAACUUGCCCAAGCUUCCCAAAAAAGCAUGCCUAAAUGUGGCCUGCAUAUGUAAGAAGGCUAUUUAAAAAAGCAGCAAAGAAAUAUUUUUCAGUUUUUGGAGAAGAAAAUUAUAAGUGUCCAGCUCCUGGAGGACACAGAACUAUGUGAUAUGUACUGUGUAAAUACGAGAUCCUUGGGAUUGUUUUAACCAUGCAACAAGGAUGAAGUCUACUCUACCUUUAUACCUCCUAAGGUAACCUGAUGUAUACAUUUUGAUCUCUGUACCCAUUUACUUUCACCACUCUACCAGUUCAAGCUGCGACAAAUGGAAGAGUAAUUACGCAUGAGUUCAUACCGUAGACAGCUGCCAGGCACCCUGUUUGGGCUCUGCCUGAUGUUUUAUGAGUUUCAACUUUAUUUAUGGUCCAGACCAAGAAGGUACUGUCUUUCUACAUGAAGAAGAGGUCUCUCAGUUUUUGCUUACAUGUAAUUUACUCUUCAGUGAGACAAGUUUCAACUUUUCUUAUGGACUUGGCAGAAUUCCUUGGAAAAUUAUGUUCUUCUUUCUUGUUUUUGUCAAUUGGGAGUGUAUAUGGUACAAGUUCAUCCCAGAGUCCAAUUUCAGGAAGGUUAUCAUAUUCACAAGCUAAAUAACUGUACUCCUAGUGUGGACCUGGAAGUGUAAAACAAAGCUGCAAGUAUUUUUGUAAAUAUAUGUAAUUUUAUGGCUUAUAUGAAUGUGACUAUGUACUGUAUAGAUGUUUUAUUUAUAUAUUUAUACAUGCUCAAUUUCGUAAUAUAAGUAGGCACAUGUGGACCAAGCCCGCCCAGCUGUGAGUGCUUACAGAUUGACUUGAAAUGCCUCUUUAUUUCGUGUUCCCCCAUUAUAGAUCACAGUAAUGGCUCUACAGCUGAGAUUACCUGGAGACAUCUGCUGUGAAUCUUUCUUCUUCUUUUCUAGCUUUGAAUUUUAGAUUAAGAAAAUCUGUACAAUUUUGGACCUGAAAAAAGUUUUCUGGAAAGUUUCAAGAUUUCCCUUUGGGGAAAAAAGAAUAAGAGGUUUUGCUGCAGUAUCAGGGUUUUUUGGGUUCAUUGUCCUCAGUACAAGGUUUUGGGCUUUUGUCUUCUCCUCUUCUGCAGUGUAAGGAAUUUUGCAGAGUGCUGAAUUAUGAAAAGCAAAAAUUAGUCCACC